AUGGAGAAAAUCGGUAGAGUGAUGAACUUAAGAGGUCAUCUCUCUGGUAUCAAUCCUAAAUUCCUGUAUGGUCCGGGUAACUUGGAGAUUCAUCGAUCAUUGAAGAACAAACGUGAUUACUUUGCAAUUGAUUUCGCAAGAUUAUUACCACCACAAGCAUAUUUCGAUGAAUAUAACUACCGAAACCUCUGCUUACCUUGCUCUUCAAGAGAUUCGAACACUCUGUUGAAAGUAUUCCUUCAUCCACUCAAUAUCUUAAGCGAAUAUGAAACAUUGAUCUUGAAAAAAUCCAAAGCACUAGAGAGGACGGUUUUCACUACGCUAUCAUGUCUGGCAAUGAUUUCCGGUUUGAUAUUGGAGCAUGAAGACGUAAUCUGUUCAAUCGUUUCAUUAGCUGUGUUACAGAGUGAGCACUUGGUGUUUUCUAUUUUGCAUGCAAUUCUCUUAUCAAGAAAUACUAAAAGAAUGAACCUUUCUUUAGUAGUUGGCUUAUCAUCUGCUUCAUUAACAUUCAGCACAACUCAUCAUCAUCAUAAAAAUAAGAUUGAAAGUGAAAAUGACAGAUUCGAUGUUUUUGUGAAUAAUCUCGUUAGAUCAAAUAGUAAUAAUAAUAAUAAUAGAAGAUUCAAUAGUUUGAAACAAGCUGCAUUGAAAGGUGUCAUCAAGAAUGAUGGUUCACCAUCGACUACACACCCCAUUAGAAUCGUAUUUAAUACAACCUAUUUGGAUCCGGCGAAUAAACAUAAACUAUCGUGUUUCUCUGCCAAUCAAACCUAUAUAACACCAGCCGGAAACUACAGUGCCGUUACCGAUUGUAGAAACAGCACGACCGAUUGUGUCUACACUUGUAAAGCAUCGGAUGUCCUCUCCGUUCAACUCUACAAUUUCAUCAUUGCCGAGAUGCUAAGCCAUGUGUCGUCGACCUUUGCCAAAUUCCUCACGGUCUACGGUCCCGAUUACUACUACUACGAUAACGAACCGUUUGUUUGUGAACAAGAAGAGUAUCUACUGGACUUGCGUUCUGGAUUCGCCGGUGAUAUCAUGAUCUAUGUUACUGCACAUCCGAGUACAUUCCCUUUUAUUGGUUACUCUUCGAAUUGUGUGGAGCACGCCGAUGGCAAACCAUUCAUCAGUAUCAUCAACUUUAAUCCGUCGGAACUAAGUCCAUUCUUGGAUCCGGUUUACAAGAGGAAUAACGCUGCCAAAUGGGAUUCACUCGUACUUGGAUUGGCAGAGCAUGAAGUCAUUCAUUCAUUGGGUUUCGCAUCGUAUUUCUAUCCGAAUUUCACAGAUAGAGCCACUGGUAAACCAUAUACCUAUCCGAUCUACGAGGAGGUGAAUGCCACCGGAAUCACACCAAGCGGUCAACCAUUCACCGUUAGAAAAUACUACAUCAAACUGCCAUCGGUUAUUCAAGUUGCACGUAAUCAUUUCAACUGUAAUACACUCGAUCGUGUUGAACUCGAGAACAACGGAGAGGAGGGUACAUACGCUUCACACUGGAAAACUACACUUUUCAGCAGUGAGAUUAUGAAUGGAUUCUAUAAUCCUCAUUUAACAUUAACAAAUUUCACUCUUGCAUUAUUAUAUGAUUCAGGAUGGUAUGGAUUGAUAAAUCUCGACAAGGUUGGUAAUAAUAAUUGGGGUAAAGGAAAAGGUUGUGAUUUUGUCAACAAACCAUGUUCACCGAGCACUUGGAACUUCACUGGAUAUUGGCAGAAUCCAAAUUCAACAGGUUGCUCGGCAACUCGUGUCGGUAUUGGAAAAGCAGAGUUGUUAAUAAGAAGCCAACCACUUCCACCUCAAUGGCAACACUGGGUCGAUCCAACAUACGGUGGAAGAUCUGAUCGUCUUGACUAUUGUCUUUAUAAUUUCCCAAGUGAUCUUUGUCAAGAUCCAUCCAAAUCUUUGACAUAUGAAGGUGAAAUUAGAGGACCUGAUUCCUAUUGUUUCAAUCAUGUCAGUAAAAGUAAUGAUUCUGUUUCAUUCGGAUGUCGUCGACAACGAUGUAACAACAACAAUCAAUUGGAAGUUGAAUUCCUUGGAAGUUGGUAUCAAUGUCUGCCAGGAAUGAAUCUAACACUCUCAAAUUCAACGAUCAUCAUAUGUCCAGAUAAAGAUGAUCAAACAUGUCGACUUUCAAAUUUCGAUUACAACCCGUCUACUUCGCCUUUUAUUAAACCUGACGAUGACGAAUCCGGUUCAACUUCAACAAUUGUAACAAUACAAUUCUAUUUUAAAUUAUUAAUUUCACAAUAUAAUAUGUCAGUUAUCGACAAUGGAUUGACAAGAUAA